AUGGCUAUCAAAACCCAGGAACUAAUUGUUACUGUCCCUUGUCGUCGCCAUCUACUGCCAUUCUUCGCUGAUGCAUCUACUUCUUUUGGUCAUGACCACUGCUACCUUCUAUCGUUGCUCACUUUUACUGUUAUGAUAUGUCAAUGGCACAUAUGUAGUUCUACAUCGACUAUCAGCACCCGAGACAAAACAACCACGAAUCCUGAAUAUGCAAAAUGGAUCAAACAAGAUAAGUUGAUCCUAUAUGCCAUCAUCGCCUCAAGUGGCGAAACUGUAGUACUUAUGACAGCUGCUUCGAAAACCUCCUAUGGAGCAAUGACAAGAUUGACCAACCUGUUUGCAAGCAAAACUAGGUCAAGAGUCAUGUAUUUUAAGAAAAAGUUAUCCUUGUCUACUCAAGGCAACAAGCCAGUGGCUGAAUUCAUGCCGGUAAUGAAAAGUAUUGCAGAUGAACUAGCUUUGGCUCAAGCACCAGCUACUGAAGAUAACUUAAUAAUCUUUAUUCUAAAUGGUCUUGGAAUGCAGUUUAGAGAAAUUUCAACAGCAAUAAGGGCUCGAGAAAGUGCAAUAUCAUUAGAGGAAUUACAUGACAAACUCACUAACUUUGAAGCAGUGAUCAAGCAAGAGAAGCUCAUUACCACACCUGUUAUAACAACCAACAUGGUAAGGAAGGGAAAAAGAUAUGAACAGCAACAAAAAGGUAAUAACCCUUGA